AUGGUUGAUCAUUUUAAAGAGGUUAAGGGAAGGGCUAACAACCUCAGUGCAGAAGUGAAGAAGGGUCAAUGGCAGACUUUCUGUUCCAGCGAGUGGCCGGCUCUCAAUGCCGGGUGGCCGCCGGAGGGGACGUUUGACCUCCCCACCAUUUGCCGGGUCAGGGAAGUCAUAUCUCGGCCGAAGGGGGGUCAUCCCAAUCAACUCCCUUACAUUAUUACUUGGCAGGACCUCGUGGAGGACCCUCCCUCCUGGCUCAAGCCCUUCCUGGCUCCAUGCCCUCCGGAGCCGGCACCCACACUUGCCUUGCAGGACGCAGAAAAGAAGAAGGUGGUUCCCGGCAUAGAUGGAAAUCCAACUACCAACCAGGCCCAGAUAGAUGUCUCUUUCCCCUUAACUAGGCCUGAAUGGGACUUCAACACAGCAGAAGGUAAGGAGAGGCUCAAAAUCUACCGUCAGACUCUGAUGGGGGGUCUUCGUAUGGCUGCUAGGAAGCCUACCAAUUUGACCAAGGUAGGGAACGUACAACAGGAAAGGGAUGAAUCUCCAGCUGCCUUUCUAGAACGGAUCAUGGAGGCAUAUCGCACCUAUACCCCCAUGGAUCCAGAAGCUCCUGAAAAUAAGGCGGCUGUGGUCAUGAGCUUUAUAAACCAGUCAGCCACAGACAUUAGAAAGAAACUGCAGAGGAUAGAUAGAUUAGGGGAAAAGAGUUUUCGGGACUUGUUGGAGGUGGCUGAAAAGCUGUAUAACAACCGAGAAUCUCCUGAGGAUAGGCAAGCCCGUGCCAUGGUGGCUGCCAGUGACAAGCAGACCCGAAACCUGGCCAAGAUUCUGCUGGCCACCACCACGGAGAACCCUGAGGAGCGGACCCGCCACCUUCGCCAGCUUGCCGAUGACCAAGAGGGAGGUAAGGGGACCGCCUGGGGCGGGAAGAAGAAGCUGCAACGGAACCAGUGUGUUUACUGCAAAGAGAUAGGACACUGGGCCCGGGAAUGCCCAAAGAAGGCCAGUAAAAAAGGAAACAAGACAGAUCGGGUGGAGGUCUUGGAGCUGAGGACUGAGUGAUUAGGGAGUCGGGGUUCGGACCCCCUCCCUGAGCCCAGGGUAACUCUUAGAGUGGAGGGGACGCCUAUUAACUUCCUUGUCGACACUGGGGCACAACAUUCGGUCCUACGCACACCUCAAGGGAAGCUAGCCAGCAAAAAGUCCUGGGUGCAAGGGGCAACUGGCAUAAGCCAGUAUUCAUGGACUACCCGAAGAACAGUAGAUCUAGGAACGGGCCGGGUAUCCCAUUCCUUCAUGGUAAUACCGGAGUGCCCCUACCCCCUAUUAGGACGGGACUUGCUGACCAAGAUCGGAGCCCAAAUAACUUUCAGACAAGGGGGGCCCCAGGUCACUGAUGGCAAAGGCCAUCCCAUCCAGGUUCUGACCAGACUGGAGGAUGAAUAUCGCCUCCACCAGGGGGCUCCCCCAGGAGAGAACAAUAUGGACAGAUGGCUACAAGAAUUCCCCACCGCCUGGGCAGAGACGGGGGGAGUAGGACUGGCCGCUCACAGGGCCCCAACCCUGGUAGAGUUAAAACCCGGGGAAAGUCUGGUAAGAGUCAAACAGUACCCAAUGCCCCAGGAGGCCCAGAAGGGGAUUCAGCCUCAUAUCCGAAGACUGCGAAGCCUAGGGAUACUGGUUCCAUGCCAAUCUGCCUGGAACACCCCCCUCCUGCCAGUCAGAAAGCCCCACACGAAUGACUACCGACCAGUCCAGGACCUCUGA